AUGUGGUUCUACCUGGUGGCACUGGUGGGCCUGUGGAUGCUCCUGUGCUUCUUCAGGGGGAGGCAGGUUGUGAGCUAUCUCCAAGACAAGUAUGUCUUCAUCACGGGCUGUGACUCUGGCUUUGGGAACCUGCUGGCCAGACAGCUGGACAGGAGAGGCAUGAGGGUGCUGGCUGCAUGUCUGACAGAGAAGGGAGCUGAGGAGCUGAGGAACAAGACCUCUGACAGGCUGGAGACAGCGAUCCUGGAUGUCACCAAGACAGAGAGUAUUGUGGCAGCCACUCAGUGGGUGAAGGAGCGUGUUGGGAACAGAGGUACCACUGAGCUUCCUGUCGGUGCUGUUGGUGUUUCAACUGUUUGUUUCCCAACCAAAUGGCUGAAAAAACAGGACUUUGCAAGUGUACUGGAUGUGAACCUGUUGGGCAUGAUCGAGGUGACUCUGAGCAUGCUGCCUUUGGUGAGGAAGGCGAGGGGCCGUGUGGUCAACGUCUCCAGUGUCAUGGGCCGAGUGUCUCUCUUUGGUGGUGGUUACUGCAUCUCCAAGUAUGGUGUAGAGGCCUUCUCAGACUCCCUCAGGAGGGAGCUCUCCUACUAUGGGUUGAAGGUGGCUAUUAUAGAGCCUGGCUUCUUCCUGNCCGGUGUGACCAGUAGUGCCAGAUUAUCCUCAAAUACCCAGAUGCUGUGGGACCAGACCAGCUCAGAAAUCAGGGAGAUCUAUGGAGAGAAAUUCCUGGCAUCCUAUCUGAAAAACCUNAANGAAUUGGAAGNGAGGUGCAAUAAGGACCUGUCUUUGGUGACCGACUGUAUGGAGCACGCUCUGACUGCCUGUCACCCUCGCACCCGAUACUCAGCUGGCUGGGAUGCCAAGCUCUUCUACCUCCCCUUG